ACUGCACAAACAUACACAAUCUGAGGGCCUAGAUUCUGGGACGCUCUGUUCACUUCCCAUUGGCUUUUCUUCCUAAUUUCACUGAACAAACGCCAUUUCAUUUUUCCUUUUACCUUUACGAUUUUCUCUCUCUACGCGCCUCCGCCGUACCGGAGCUGCGGAAUACUUUUCCGGCAGCAGUUGUUGAGGGAGACGAUUUUUGGUUCCUGGAUAGUACAGACAGAGAAAUAAAGAGAUUUUGGUGGUCCGCUUGAAGUUCUGGUCUCUGUGCGCUCUGUUACUGAGGGAAUUCGGUGGUUUGUGGAGCUGAUUUUGUGUUGAAAGAAGCAGAGCUCUCUGCGGAUUGAUUGCAUUUGUGCUGUUCGACGUUUAAUUUGGCGUGAUUAAGGAAGGAGUGAAGAAGAAGUUUAUCUUCGAGAGGUUCGUAUUGUUUGAUUAAGGUCUGUUAUUGUUAGUCUGCUUGGAGCAGAGCUGGAGAAAGGAGGACCGAUGGAGGCAGAUUUUCAGCAGCAACAUCUCCAGCCGCAGAUGAAUUCUGGCUUAACACGGUACCGUUCUGCGCCGAGUUCGUAUUUCAGAAGACUGGCGGAUAGAGAAUUCUGCGAUCAGUUCUUCAAUCAGCCAUCCAGCCCCGAAACAGAACGGACUGGUGGUGGAGGAGGCGGAGGCGGCGGCGGCGUCCUAGAAGAAUCAUCUCCAAACCUGAGGGAGGCUCAGAAGAAUGCUCCGGCCGGAGAAGUGUUCGUAACCACUGAAGCAAAUCAACAAACAACUUAUGUGAGUCAUGAAACCAGAGGUAUCCACCAGCAGCCGAGCAAUGUCAACAACAAUUACCCCUCUGCUUCAUCAACCCCGAGUUUCUAUCAGAAUUCAAUGAAACCCCCACUUCCAAAUCAGGGUAUGAUUCCGGGAACGGAUGGAUCUGGUUCAAUGGGAGUUGAUCUAAAACCACGGAUAAGAACAGAUGGUGGAAGAGCUUCGAAUCUUAUUCGGCAAAGUAGUUCGCCUGCUGGACUAUUCGACCACAUAAAUAUUAGUGAAAGUGGCUAUGCUGCAUUGAGAGGCAAGGGAAAUUUUGGAACUGGUAGUAGCUUUAAUGAAGAAGCAUCUUUGUCUUCUCCAAGCAGGUUGAAAAACUUCUCACCAAGGACCAUACCACCACACUCAUCAGGGUUGAUGAGUAGUCCCAUGGCUGGAAUUGAGAAAAGAAGUAUCAGAGAAAACAAUCCAGAUAGUAAAGGCUUUGCCGAUAGCCACGCCAGCGAUUACGGUAGCACUAGCUACCCAGUUGGUUCUUGGGAUGAAUCUGCCAUGUCUGAUAACAUUGUUGGUCGUAAAGUGCUCGAAGAUAACGAUGACGAUGAGAAGUCAUACUCAAAUUUCAAUCUUUCAGUCGACACUCAGAAAGUGGAUCCUGGAAAUCGCCCUCCCCUGCUUUCUCAUCAUCUGAGUAUGCCGAAUACUUCAGCAGAAAUGAAUGCUAUUGAGAAGAUCUUGCAGUUUUCAGAUUCUGUCCCUUGUAAACUUCGAGCCAAGCGCGGUUGUGCUACUCACCCCAGAAGCAUUGCAGAAAGAGUUAGACGAACUAAAAUCAGUGAACGAAUGAGGAAGCUGCAAGAAUUAGUACCCAACAUGGACAAGCAAACCAACACAUCAGACAUGUUAGAUCUGGCAGUUGAGUACAUAAAAGGCCUUCAGAAACAGGUUCAGACGCUUUCAGAUAAUCGUGCAAAAUGUAAGUGCUCGCAUAGUCAGCAUCAAUAAUGGGAAAGGCCUUGGCGUGAAAAUUCUUAUGUACAGAGCCAUACAAUUUGAAUUCCUAGGAUAGAACACGAAUCUCUCUGAAAAUAUAACUAAUUAUUUGCACUAAUCAAGAAGAAAUAGUGAGUCAGCAUGAUUUGGCAUGAAGAAAGUUUGCAAAAUAAAGGGCUGCACAGGACAAGCAGAUAGUGAGGUACAGCGAUUAGAAAUGAAGACAAAGGACUGCUGAAAGCUGGUUGUACAUGUGAGUUUAAAGACCCUGCUGGUACUUUCCACCACUGUGUAAAUUAAAAUAACUAUGCAUGAUUAUUAGAUCUUCCAUUGCAUAUAAUCUGUCACUUUAGAGAGAGAGAGAGAAAGAAAUUGACUUGGGUGUAGAUCUGGUUAGAAGAAUUAAGAAGGGAAGUUGCCAUCAAUGGCUGGCCCAAGAAAUGGCUUAGAAAGAAUUGGGGAAUAAACUGCCUGAUUUGUAAUGAAAAAGUUCACAGAUAAAUGAUUGCAUUUGCUGCUACAUUGCUUACUAUUA